GGGUAAGUAUAGUGUCUUGAUAUUUGAACACUUCAGAGACGAAAUACAUACAGAAAGAAAAAGAGUUUUGACUAUAUCUAUUUAAGUUAUCUAUACGUCUGCCACUGCCAGUAACAUUAUUAAAAAAUCAUGGAUUCGUCUUACAUAUUUAAAGGCCCUAUAGACAAUUUAAAAUUAAAAGGCGUAUCAUUCGCGGAACUGCUGUAUGACAGCUUACGAAAAAAGGAACAAUCGAAUAUAUUGCUGGUAGACGAAAAUACAGAUGAAGGAAUAUGCAGAGGAGAUCUGUUACAAAAUAGUAUAAAGUUGGCAGUAAUCCUACAGCAAAUGGGCAUUUGUGAAAAUGAUAGGGUAGGAAUUAUUUCUGCAAAUACUUGGAAAUUUGUUGUCCCAACUUUAUCGGCGAUUUUCAUAGGAGCAACAGUUACUCCAAUAAAUCCUGCUGCUACUAAAGAUGACUUACGUCAUUACCUAACCCUGAGCAAACCGAAAAUUCUAUUUGUUUCGUCCGAUGUCCUGGAAAAAGUGCGAGAAUUAAAGAAUGAUUUAAGCUUCUUAAAACAUAUAAUAGUAUUAGAUGCCGAAGAUGUAGAAAAUGAUGAAUUGGUAUUUAACGAAUUAUUUAACCGUGACGUAAAUUAUAAAACAUUUCAAAUUCAUAAGGACAAUAGUGCAGAGGCAUUGAUAUUGUAUUCUUCUGGUACUACAGGAUUCCCAAAAGGGGUAGUACUCUCCCAAGAGAAUGUGUUGAAUGCUAUGGAAUAUUGCAGCGAUCCAGACUACCUGAACAUAAAUGAAGAUUCCAUAAUAUUAGGCAUUCUCCCACUGUUCCACGUUUUUGGACUUCUACUAAUGUACGCAUAUUUGUGGCUUGGAAAGAGAAUAAUAUUUUCCCGAAAGUUUAAACCGGAUACUUUUUUAAAAUCGAUUGAGAAAUAUGAAAUUAGCUACCUCGUAACAGUUCCACCAUUAUUACUCUUUUUAGCAAAAAGUCCUCUUGUAGACAACUAUGACAUAAGAUCUAUAAAGCAUAUUUUCUGUGGAGCUGCUCCUCUUGGUAAAGAAGUAGAAAAUAUAGCUUCGCAAAGAUUCAAAAUUCCGAUUUGUCAAUUAUAUGGUAUGUCGGAAUGUGCAGCAAUAACGAUCACGUCACCAAAGUAUUAUAAGUCUGGAAGUGUGGGAAAAGUGGUACCAGGUCAUGAAGCAAAAAUUAUCGACCCAGAAUCUGGUAAUAUUCUUCCUCCUACUGUAAGUGGUGAAAUAUGCUUUAAAGGUCCUACGGUGAUGAAAGGAUAUAUAGAUAAUGAAAAAGCGACUAAAGAAACAAUUGAUAAAGAUGGAUAUUUACAUACAGGGGAUAUUGGAUAUUUUGAUGAGGAAGGAUAUCUAUUUAUUUUAGAUAGGAUUAAAGAUCUUAUUAAAUACAAAGGAUUCCAGGUUCCACCUGCCCUAUUAGAGGAUAUUUUGCAAAAACAUCCUGAUGUAAAGGAUGCGGCUGUGGUAGGUAAGCCCGAUGAGAGGUCAGGAGAACUGCCUACGGCAUUUAUUGUUCGACACCCAAAUGCAGAAAUUAAUGAACAAGAGAUAAUAAACUAUAUAGCAGAGAGAGUUUCUACAGAAAAACAGUUACAUGGAGGUGUGCUAUUUACCAAUGAAAUACCACGAACUAAUAGCGGCAAAAUUCUGAAGAAGGAGUUAAAGAAAGCACUACUCUAAUAUAGGGUGACUAUAUGGAUUAUAGUUAGUUUCUGAGAUCACUAGAGUAGAAAAUACAAAUAUUUUUGUUAUUUUACGUGGCAAUUAAUUAAUUACUUUUUGUCGAUAAAAUUCUAAAUCAUAAUCACAAAAAUAUUAAUAGUAAU